CACCUCCUUACAUUAAACAUUAAUUCUUGUGUUUUAUGGAAUGAAGGAAAUAAUAUAAAUAACUUCCGUUUGAAAAAAAAAAAAAAAAAUUAUUAUUAUUUAUAAUCCAAAUCAUAUAACAAAAAAUACACAACACACUUUAAUUAUAUUAUAUAUAUAUAUUAAUUUUAAAUUGUUUAUUACUAUUAUUUUUAUAUAACUACAAAAAAUAAAUUAUUUUUUUUAAACCAAAAAAAAAAAAAAAUUCAAAUACCAACUUGAUUUCAUAAAAAUAAGAAAUCAACCAACUAAUCAAAUACGACAACAAUCCUCACAAAACUAUAACAAAUUAAAUAAAACAAAUUACAAAUACAAUUAAAAAUGAGACUUGAAAGAGAUGAAUCUAUUUUAGCCCAGUUAAGUUAUAAGCAUAUUAAAGAUAAAAUGCUUUAUUCUGCCGUUAUGAAGAAAGCAGGUGGUAAUAAGAAAGGAUUUUUAUCUAGAUUAUUUGUACUUUAUAAAAGUUAUAUUAUAUAUUAUAAACCUAAAAGUCUAAUUAGCACACCAGAGAAACCACAAGGUUAUAUCGAUCUUAGAGAAUGUGAUCCAGCAAAGGUAAAAACAAUUUUAGAUGAACCUGAUAUGACAUUCCAAAUUGUUCACAGAGCUGGUAGAAUUUUCUUAAUUAAAGGUGAGGAAAUGUCAUCUUUCAAACAAUUUUAUGAAGUUUGCAGAACAGUUGCCUUAAGACUAACACAUAUAUCAUUUACUCUCCCUAAUGAAAAGGCAAUGCUAUUAAAUCAAAUUUUAGAAUGCAAUAUGACAAAAGAGGAAUUUAAAACCAAUGUAGAAGUAUUUUUAAAAGAUGGAUUUAUCUUUAAUGUUAAUUUAAUUACUCCAGAUAGAACUGCAGAUGUCCAAACAUUUGUUCAAUAUAUACUUGGUUUAAGAAAAGAAGAAAUUACACUUCAAAUACGUAUAGCUAAAAUUAUGAUCGAAAGUGGUAAAAAACAAAACUGUUCAAUGAUGGGCAUUGCAUCACCUGCUCCUGCUACUAUAGCUCCCGAUCUUAUGGUUACUUUAGUAAUCCCUGAAAAUGAACCAUUACCAGAAGUUGCCAAACUCCAAAGAGAUUUACAAAAAAUUAGAUAUGACAUUGAGGAGCAUAGAUUAAAUAUCUUUAAUAUUCAAGCCAAAGACUGCAUUGACCAGGUAAAAGUUAAAAUUCCAACUUCAUCCUAAAAAAAAAAAUUAAUUUUAAAAUACUUAUUUAUUUAUAUUUCUCAAAAACAUUUCUUUUCUAAAAACAAAAAAAAAAAAAAAAACCAUAUAUAUUUUUCUGUAAAUAAUUAUUCGUUUAAAAUUAGUUUUAACAAAAAUAAUCAAUUAAUAUUAUUAAUAAAAUUUAAUUUUAUUUUUUUAAUUAAAUAAAUAAACAUAUAAAAUUUAAUAA